AAAUUUGGCUGUCUGCUUCCACAAUUUGAAUUGAAUCUCAGAAACAGAGAAGUGGGAAAAUGAAGAAGAAAGGCCGUGGUCCUACUCGUACUACUACCACGCGCCUCCGAACUCGUACUCGCAAGCAUUCCGCCACGGAGUUUCUCGAAACGCCAUUGACGACGGCUUCCACUCCCAACCUAUCUCGCCACUCACCCAUUUUUAGGGCCAGCAGUAAGAAGCGCCAGAAAUCCAUGGCCGCUGCUUCUCCUACCUCCCCUCCCUUUACAUCGCCGUUUCAUCCUCCCAAGAUCUUAUCCUCCAUCUUCGAUCUCAAGGAUAUGGUGGCCUCUCGCCUUGACGAUUUCAAGAAAUGCAUCGAACGAUCUCACUCUGAGAUCUUCAACGACCUUGACGCUUUCUACUAUCGCCUUCAUAAGCGCUUCAAGAUUCAGAGUCAAGAAUGUCAGCUAGUCUCAGAUGAAGCAGAGAAAGAAUAUAAGAAGAUGUCUGAACGAAUUGGUGAAAGUCAAGAAGCAAUGAUGACUUCAUAUUCCGAGUUCAUUGCUGAUGCACAGACCAGCACAUCUCACGCAUCCAAAUCCAUUAGCAAGCUAUCUCAAUCUGUUGAGAAGGCCGUUGAUACUCUCCGAAGCCGUUAUGUGAUCUCAGCAGCUUAGUCUUCAAUUGUUCAUGCCAUUUCUGUCACAAGAAAUGUAGGGAAGAAUUGCUGAGACAAGAUAGUGGUUCGGAUUCUAGCAGAUGUUUUACCAUUUCCAUUCCCUAUAGCAAGAUUCAAGGCGCAUGAUGUACAUAAUUCUUGUUUCAUCAACAUAAGUUGAUUUAGAUGAUAAACGGUACCUACGUUAGAUGACGUUAGAAAAUCUAUUACACUUAUCUUAAAAGCUUCGAGGAAAAAAACUUCUUUCUUUGAAGAGCUUUCUUAGAGGAUAUAUAAAAAGAAUAUGGUUUUUUAAAAAAUUUAUUGAAAAAUAUGAGCAUGUUGAAGAAUACGAAAAAAAAAAAGGAAUUGGCUGAUUACGGAAGAAAAAAAUAUAUGAGAAAACCAAAUAAGUUGGAAUAGUCUCUAGAGCUUAACUGUAAAAGGAAAUAAAUAAAGAAGUUAAUGGAGUGUAGCUAUUUCGUGGAAAAAAAAUAAGGAAAAAAUAAAUAUAAGAGGCAAAUGGAGGUUAGAAAACGGAGUGAUGAGUUGGUUUUUUAUUAAAUGAUUUGUCAUAAGCUUAUUGGGUGGACAGUUAAUGGUACACAGAAAGUGGACAGAGGAUCCUCUUCC